ACCAUCUAUAGAGGAGCCUUACGUCCAAUCACUCAACCACACAACCUAAAGAUAAGCGAGCUACAAGCGUAAAAUAGCUAAGUGCUCAAAAAACACCGUGAAUUAUCAUCAUCCAUACAGUUGUUUAGUUUUUGUUGAAGAAAUGGAUCUCUCGGGGUCUUUUUUGAAUUUAGGUACGCCACUUUCUGUGCCAUCACAACCAGAUCCCGUAGAAGAACAACACAUUCAAGAACUCACUCGCCAACUGCAAAAUUCUCCUCUUCCUCCUCCUCAGCAUGAAAACUUACAUCAAAGUCAUCCACAAACCCCGCAACACAUUCAACAACAAAGGACUGGAGUUAGUGUUAUACAGCCUUAUACUUCAACAAGUGGGUUGACUCCUCAGCCAUUGUUGCAACCAACUGGAUCUCCUGUUGCAACUUCUUUGCUGCCUGGUCCUAGUGGUUCAAUUUCCCUCACACCCAGUGGUGCAGGGAGUGGCUUAUUUCCAAAUACUCCUGGUGGUCCUAUGACACCCAUGACCCCGAUAACACCCUCUUCAGCUGAUCCCGGUAUUGUGCCUCAACUUCAGAAUAUUGUGUCGACCGUGAAUCUUGGUUGCAAAUUGGAUUUGAAAAAGAUUGCCCUUCAUGCUAGAAAUGCGGAAUACAAUCCAAAACGUUUUGCUGCUGUUAUCAUGAGAAUAAGGGAGCCCAGGACAACAGCUCUCAUUUUCAGCUCUGGUAAAAUGGUGUGCACAGGGGCCAAAAGUGAAGAGCAGUCUAGAUUAGCUGCAAGAAAAUAUGCAAGGAUAGUGCAGAAACUUGGAUUUGAGGCAAAAUUUUUAGACUUCAAGAUCCAAAACAUGGUGGGUAGUUGUGAUGUAAAGUUUCCAAUAAGGCUGGAAGGAUUAGUUCUUACUCACAGUCAAUUUUCAAGUUAUGAACCUGAACUUUUUCCUGGUCUCAUCUAUAGAAUGGUAAAGCCAAGAAUUGUUCUUCUAAUUUUUGUUUCUGGGAAGGUUGUGCUAACAGUACGUCUCAAGAGAUCUUGCACCUUCUUCAACUCAAGAAUGUAUUCUAGCACAAUAGUCCGAUGGUGUGCACUCUUUAUUUUUUCAAGGUGCAAAAGUUCGUGCUGAAAUUUAUGAGGCCUUUGAAAACAUCUAUCCUAUAUUAAAAGGGUUCAAAAAACAAUGACUUUCACAUCUAAAGUGAUCCCUUAUAUUGUACAUAAUAAAUCCUAUUUGUAAAUAGUUUCAUUUUUUAUGCAUAAAAUCUCUUGUAUCAUUUGUAAUUUCAUGUUUCUUGUAUAAUGUUUAAAUUUAUUCUCAUUUCACUUUUUUCCCCUUCUUAGAUUAUCUUUGCCUUUUAUUUUCUUCUUUCAUAUUAUGAAAACAAGUGAUAAUUAACAUUGAUGGAAUCAAAUUUUAGUUUCAAACUGAUAGCAAUGUUAUAUGAUAUUCUCUAGGAAGCAUUCUUUACUAGAUUAGAAACUGUAAUCUAACUUUAAAAUUAUUAAUAUAUAACAGGGAUGCACAACCUUUUUCCAGCAGUGAGCCAUGAAAACUACAACAUUGGAGGUCACAAUUAAUAUUAUGCUGUAAUUAUAAAAAUGAAAGAAAUAUUUCUAUUUUGUUUAAAAGUAAUAUGCAUGAGUUACUGUUACAAAUGUACAACUCAUCUUUUGUUUCUGUGGAGAUAAUAUAAUGAUUAAUGAUGUUUAUGAAUUUCAAUUUUGCCUAUAAAUUUACAGUAAUUUUAAGCAAAUUGUAAUAAAUUUAUAGGCUCAUAACAAGAAAAGUAACUGAUAUUUACAUUUAUCCUAAAAGUUAACUUUUUUUCUAUUCAAAUAUCAAUAUUUGUUACUAAUACAGUAUCAUAUUCAUGUCGACUAUUGCUAGAAUUUUGAAAUUAGUUACAAUAUAGUCUUAGCUUUAAGUUUAUUUGUGCAAAUCCUUAAGUAAUUAAAUUUCACUGAAAAUUCUGAACCCUUUGUAUAAAUAGAACUUUCAUUACAAAAUGGUCACAUUCAGAAAGGCUCUAACUUUCUAUUACAGAACAUGGCUGAGAAAAAUUUCUGUUAAUAUUUUAUUAACAUUUUCGACAGUUAAAGAACCAAGUUAAAAGGCUUUAAGGGCCACUUUUGGUCAAUAGGUCAUUGAUUGUGCAUCUGUUUUAUUAAAUAACUGAAAGGUGUUAAGAGGCAAAACUAAACAGGAAGAAAAAAAGAGAAAAUGUGAAAACAUUAGAAUAGCCGCUAAUAUAAAGGCAUUUAUAAUUGUUUGUGUGUGUGUAUAUAUAUAUAUAUACAGCAAAAUAAAUAUUUAAAAAAACGCGAAGAAAAUUAAGAAAUAAUGCGGAUUUAUUGCCUUUUUUUGCGGAUAUAAUCGUGUGGGCUGAUGAAAAGAUUAUAUCUUUUAUUUUCCGGAUUUUUAAAAAUUUUUUUAUCCUUUCCCCCCCCCCAGUUUAUUUUUUUAUUAUUAUUUUUCUUCCCCCACUUUUUUUUCAUAUGUCUGUAAUUUUCCUUUGUUUUAUCUUCAUAUAUAUAUAAAAACAUUGUGUUGUGAUGAUAACAUAAAUGGUAAAAGCAGUGUACUAACUGUCAUGAAGAAUCAAGGCUCUAUCUUUGGUGAUUAGUUAGUUAACCCAAUUGGUUAGUUCACUCAAAGUUCACCCAGCUUCAGACAAAUGGGUACUAUGCUUGCCGAAAAGUAAAAUUGGGUUGCAAUGCUGUAAAAUCUAGUGGAACAGUUGGGAAAUUGUUAAAAAAAAAAAAAAUCUGGGAAUUAUACAUUUUUGAGCCAAAUUCUAAAAAAGUCAAAGAGUUUGAAUUAACCAACGCUAAGCAUGCAACGUUUGCACCAACGCAGUUACUGAGCUAGAGCUUUUUUCCUUUUUUUGCAUGAAUUAAAAUAUAAUACAAUGUAUAAAUGAUAAUUAUUAAUUUUUUGUGAUUCACUCUGUUUUAUCCACAGUGCUGCUAGUACAUAUUGUGACACUAGGUUGAAAUUUUUUUAGCGAUAUCUGGAAAAGUCAGAGAAACACAUUUGAGUUGUCACUCCCGUAAAAGCAGCAGAUGUUGCCACCAAUAGGCCAUUGUGCAACCUUAACCCUCAUGAACCCCUUAGACUUGACAAAGUACUUAACUUUCUGAAAAUUUAAGUGUAUGGUGAAAGAGCUCUCUGGCUCUUCUGAGGUCCUUUCAGUUUAUUGAACAGUUUAUUGUCCUUUCAGAUUAUAUUUACCUCCCUUGAAUUUUGAUGAUUCGUUCUAAGUUAUGUGUUCUUGCCUUGUUCAUGGCUAGCUAAGGUUGAUCAAGUUUUUAAAUGGGGGAAGUACUCACCUCACUUUCAAUGCUGGAACUUUUAUAAAAACUUCAAAACUAAAUAAUGCAAGCUAUGUAUUUGAUUCUUUUAUAACACUGUUGCCCCCUAAUCAAAGAUCUGUUUCAAUGCAAAAUUGAGCUUUUUUUCCCUUCUCACUUUUAAAAAUCGUAUGUUAUGUAUUUUAAUUAUGUUUUGAAUGUUAUUGUUUUUAUAAGCAUAAUAAUUAUUGGGAAUCUGUGGCAUCAAAGUUGACAGCCUCAUUCUUACAAUAAAUAAAACAAUUUAUAAUUGUUUUUGAUUUAAAAAUGUAAUAUAUGUUUAUUGAAAUCACCAAAACCAGUUAAAGUAAAUUGUAACUAUUGUUGCAAUCACCAGUUUUGAAAUUGUCUAAUCAGAGUAAAAUAAUAAUAUUUUAAAAUGGUACCAUUUUUUUAAAUUUUAAUUCUGUAAAAUUUUAAUAGCUCUUAAAACUUUAUCAUAUCAUACAGGUGCAUAUUAAAAAGAUGUUUAGAGCAUUCUAUUGAUGAAAUUAUCAAUUCAACUCAUUGCACCAAUUAAUCAUUAUUGUUCAGUUCUUUCUUUUACUUGCUUUAAUUUAUAUUUGUAUUAAUUAUUGCAUGAAAAUAGUUGCAAAUUUUUUUUAAAUAUUUCUAUUGUAAAAUUCUUCGAAGGAAAAACCUGAUUUGGAAGAAUAUGCUAAGGAUUAUCAUCAUUAUUUAAUUUAUACGGUAACAUAUUUGAAUAAUAAAGUUUUUGUGUUCGUUUGUA